UCGGUCUCGGGAGCAAGCCAGAUUCUCAUCGCCAGUAUUGUGCAGCGCUUCGUCAACCGCCUGCCGUACAACUCUGGCUGGCGGCUGUCGUCGCUGGAGAAUGAGGAGCUCGUCCGAUCCUGCGUUGCCAACCUCGUCGAGCUGAGCAAGCACCAGCUCGCCGGCGUGGUCAAGGAGCUGCUGGGCGUGCUUGAGAACCUCAACAAGCAAUCUGGGCAGCUUGGUCACGAGGACAAGGUGGGCAUCGACGUGAUGCAGUCGCAGCUGUUCAUGCUGCAGGUGCUGGUCGCAUGCCUCGUGCACCACUGGCGUGCGCAUGCCGGCAUCGACGAGAACGGCUUGCCGCUGCCCUCCGACUCGCGCCGCGGCUCUCUGCCAGCGAUGGAUCUGAAGGGCGACCUGGCCGGCAUUCCGCGCGGCUGGAGCGAUCCACCGCCCAUGGACGACUCGCUGGCGAAGCACGUCCUCAGCCUCAUGACCGUCUUCCUGCGCCAGACUGUCGCGCGUGAAGAGGCGCUUCUUGCCGGCGGCGGCGAGGGCCUCGAAGGCGUGCGCAGCCUCAAGCCUGACGGCAGCGGCGUGGGCACAGGCGGCUUCGCUCGAGGCGCCGGCGACAGAGGCCUGCGGGAUCACGAGCGCGGCGCAGGCGGCGCGUCCACCAGUAAGAGCGGCUUCGGCAGCUCGUCCAAGGCCUCGUCCGGGCCUGCGUGGGACGAGAACGACAGCAAGGGCGGGCCCGACGCUGAGUGGAGUGCGAACGCAGAAGGCGGCGUGCCUCUCGCCGCGCUGGCGCUCUUCAACGGCAAUCAGCUCUUCGUGCUGUAUCCCACCUUCCCGCCUUCGCGUCCGCCCUUCGAGCUGAGCACGCGGCGAGGGCCCGCUGUGCUGCGCCCGGGUGUGGCAGACAACCUGCCGCGGGUGCGCGGCGAGGCGGUCAUGUCUGGGCCGUAUCCGGCGAAGUCGACCGAGGCGCUCGACAGCGUCUCCGUCUUGACAAAGACGAUUUACCGCUGCGCGAGCCAGGUCGUCUUCUACCUCAGCUCCAGCAACUGGCCCGUCGUCUACGCGCGGAUACGGAACCGCCUCGCGUACCUCAGCACGACGAUCGAGGACACGCCCAACACUGCCGAGCUGCGCCUGCUUGAGUGCAGCAACCUGCACCGCACCCGCCUCGGCAGCGUCGUGCAGGAGCUCUGCACGUCCUUCCUGCACCUCAAGCGCAGCGCACAGAUGACGGUCGCGCUCGUGCUGCGGCGCACGAUCUGGGCGUGGAUCCAGUACCACCCCGCCGAGUUUGCCUUCCUCUUCAGCGUCGGGCGGCGACUCGAGGGCGGCCCAGACGUGCUCUUUGACCACGCCGUGAACCUCGCCGAGUCGACGCGCAAGAAGCUGGCCUUCUGGCCGAUGCUGACGUCGCUGCUCAUCCUCUGCCCUGACCUGAUGUCCAAGGCGGCCGUCGGCGAGGGCCGCAAGGGCGGCAGUCUGGCAAAGAAGAUCAACUUCCUCGAGACGCUGCGCAAGGGCCUGCGCACAAGCAAGCUCAGCGACAUGGCGGCGCUGUGCUGCGUGGACAUCUGCCGCGCCGCCUCGUGCACGCCGCGCGGCGAGACUGGCCUCCGUCUGCUCGUGUCGGACCUCGAGGCGGACAUCAAGGAGAAGCUGUUCGACGCAUCACGACCCGCCCUGUCGACGACUAGGACCGUCGAGAUCUCGCUCAUGGUCGAGGCCUUCAUCGCCUUCUACCGCCUCGACCCGCACAAGACGAUCCGCGACCUCGUGCCCGUGUGCAUGUCGCCAACCAGUCCGCUGGCGUUCAAGGUGGCGCUGGUGCGCGCCUGCGUGCAGAUGGCGAGCGAGCGCGGCCGGCUGCCGUGGAGCCCCGACGUGGCGCUCAUCUACCCGCACAUCUGCGCACAGCUGCGGACGACGGCCAAGGAGACCAUCUACCGCUGCUACCACCCCGAACCCAGCGCGCCUGCGGGCAACGGCGCACCGGCCACUUUGGGCACCCCCAGCAAGGGCGACAAGCGCGGCUUCACGCGCAACAUCGGCGGCGCCUCGAAGACGCAAAGCUUCGCAGUUGCGGCGCAUGGCGACGACGCCGUCUGGCGCAUCGAGCUGCUGCAGGUCACGAUGCAGCUGUGGCUCAUGGACGUGCACGCCGCGUCUCACGGCAUCGAUCUUGAGCAGACCACGACGCUCGCCGAGCUCGUCGGUGCGCCGUCCGUGCGCGAUCGCGACGCCAUCAUGAAGGCCUGUCUCGCCGUCGACAGCGUGCUGGCGCUGGUGUACUACCUGGGCUGCGCCGCGCACACGACCGACUAUCUGCAUCUGCACGAGCGUGCCCUCGACCUCCUGGACGCCAUCUCUUACGAUGAGGGCAACCCGGAGUUCACGCUCCAUUCGCAGUACGCUCUCGUCUCUACUGGCUCGCAGCUCACUGCGGCCGUCGGCGAGCAGCUUGCACAGGCCGAUUCCAAGCAGUCGCAGCACCACUGGCUGACUGUCCUCGUCCGCACGCUGCGCCGGAAGGAGCGCUUCUUCGUUGGCCUCGCAUCGUCGCCAUUUGCCAUUCCAGGCAGCGAGGGCCUGGCCGAGUCGGACACCGUCGAGGCUGCGCUGAUGCUGAGCAUAUGCUCCUCGGACACAGACGUGUGCUCCGCAGCGCUGCGUUGCUGCGGACAGAUGGCGGUGCUGCACCGCUUGGCCGGCGCCAUGUUCUUCUACAAGAAGGACUGGACGCAGAUGCUCUCGGACCUGGCAGACCCGGCCUACUCGCAGACCGGCGGCCGCAUCGCGCAGCAGAAGCGCAUCCGCGCUCUUCUGCGCGCGACUGGCGCUGCAACGAAGGCAAGCGCGCAGGCGUGGUGCGAGGCGUACGAGCGCUGGGGCGCUCUUACGCAGCUUGUCGCUCGGCCACUCGCAGACGAGACGAGCGACGCGGCGCAGGAGAAGGCGGCACAGUGGCACAACUACGCAGGCUUCCUGGCCGCGCUCGGCGGCACCUGCACGACGUCCGACGAUCUCGACGGCGCCAUGUCGCCCACAUCAGCAACCGGCUCGGUGGAGCCGCCGCGGCAUCUCGUCGAGUCGUUCAUGCAGGAGAUGGUCGACCUGCUCGUGUCCGACUCAGUGUGGGUGCGCGAGAAGGUCAAGGAGACGCUCGGCCUGGACCUCAGCGCGCGCCUCAACGGCAUCCUCUUCCGCCAGGUGCACGCCGUGCUGAGCGACUUCUUCGACAAGAGCACCGGCCUGCCGCGGCCGGCCGACAUGUUUACCAUCUUCGUCGAGCAGUCGAUCAGCGUCGUGCAGAUGGUGCUGAACCGCAUGACAGAGGGCAGCGAGGCGACGACCGCCGUCGACAUCGGCUCGCUGAUGGUGCUCUAUGUCGAAUAUGUCAACUCGCUCGGCCGCCGCGAGCAGGCGCUGCGCAUCAAGACGUCGAUGUGCCACCUGUGCGAGGCGCUCAUGGCCAAGAAGCACUUUUUCGCCUUCACCAACGAGCUGCGCGUGCGCAAUCGCCUGUUCCAGGCCCUCGUCACCUGGACGACAGACUCGUCUGACGACGCCCAGGGCGCUGACAAGCUGGAUCGCCUGCAGCGCGACCUCGACGUCAUCUGCCUGAAGACGAUCUCGACGCUGCUCGACAGGCUGCCGUUGCUGCUUGCUGACGACGCGCUUCUGCUUGACGACAAGGUCGAGUGGGCCAAGUCGCGCCAGUUCAGCCUCUACUUCAACUACUUCAUCAAGGUGCUGAACCGCACGCGGGCCAUCGAGGAUGCCGCUGGCGACCGCGUCAAGGCCUCGGCCGUGCUCGAGCCGCAGCUCAAGGCUCACUCGCGCGAGCAGCUGCAGCAGACUGUGCGCGAGCUCGCGCCGCUCAAGGACUCCGCCAUCCUGGCGCUGUCGAAUCUGCUGGCAUCGAACAUCGACAGCGGCCUGCAGCACUCGCUGCCGCUUGCCUACCAGCCCGAUGACCAGCUGCGCGCGGCCUUCAUGCAAAUCAUGACGAACGUGCUCAACCAGGGCACGGCCUUUGACGACCUCGAGCGCCUUUCGGCGGCGCAGAAGCAGAGCAAGCUCGUUGAGCUGGUCUGCCAGAACGACCUGCACCUGGCACUCUCGAUCUGCAACGUCUGCCGUGGCUACGACAGCGACCAGCUGGACUACGUGCUGCUCAGCAUCUUCGACUCGCGAGGCGGCAUCAUCCGCUUCCUCAAGGCCGCGCUGGGCGAGGAGAUCGACCGCACCGCAACUGAGGAGAUGGUCUUCCGCUCGAACUCAUUCCGCACGCACUUGCUCUCCGUCUUCGGGCGCACGCACGGCUACGAGUACCUGCGCUCGAUCAUGGCGCCGCUGAUCACCGAGAUGGCCAACAAGCCGCGCGGCUACUCGUUUGAGAUCGACCCGUCCCGCCUGGAGCCGGGCGAGAGUGCGCUCGUGAAUCAGCACCGCCUCGAGGAGAUGGCGCAGGCGUUCAUCGACCAGAUCUGCUCCUCUGCGCACCGCGUGCCGGCCGUGCUGCGCGAGCUGUGCCGCCACAUCCGCACGCUGAUGGACGAUCGCUUCCCGAACUCGCGCUACCAGGGCGUUGGCGGCUUCAUGUUCCUGCGCUUCAUCAGCCCGGCCGUCGUCGCGCCGCAGAUCAUCGACAUCAACCUGACCGGCCCGGGCAAGGAGCUGCGGCGCGGCCUGCUGCUCAUCUCGAAGAUCCUGCAGACGCUGGCGAGCAACAACUUCUUCCCCGCGCACAAGGAGCCCUUCAUGACGAGCCUCAACGACUUCCUGAAGCGCAAUGUGUGGCGCGUCACGACGUUCCUCGACCAGGUCUCCGACGCGCGCACCGACCCCGAGCGGCUGCUGGCCGCCGACCAGCCGCUGGGCUACGGCAUCCACCCCUACGGCUACGGCAUCGACAAGGCAGACCAGCGCAUGCUGCAUCGCUUCUUGUUCCAGAACGUGGACAAGAUUGGCCAGGACAUCGGCCUGCGCUCCAUGGCCCUGGCCUCGGCGGCAUCCUCCGCAGGUGUGGGCUCGCCAGUGUCGCCCUCGGUCUCGGACCCGAAGCGCGUGUACGACCAGCUCUGCCACACGCUGGCCGACCUCGGCGAGUGCGAGGACAACGAGCCGACGCUCUCGUUCAGCAACCAGGCCGCCGGCGACGGCAAGCAGGCAUUCCAGGACUUCCUGCGGCGCAACACCGGCCGCAAUGUCGACGAGAAGGCCUACCGCAGCGUCUUCCGCGAGGGCCCGCCGUCCAAGGCCGGGCGCACCGUGUUCUACUACAACAUCACGAAGCAGAACGCCAAGACGAUGGACUACGAGGGCCUCAUCAUCUACGUGCUGCAGUGCCUCGAGUCGUGCCUCUCGCGCCCCUUCGACCUCGUCAUCGACUGCACGGGCGUGCACCCCAGCAACCUGACGCCGCCGCAGUGGAUGUCGUACUUCGGCAGCCUCGUGCCCGGCGAGGUCGUCGCGAAUCUGCGCAACAUCAUCGUCUUCAACAUGAACACGGCGGCGCGUCUCUACCUGCGCCCGUGGCAGGGCCCGCUCGAUCCCAACGGGACGAAUGGCGGUGCACCGGCGGGCAGCCCGCGCAACGCGCUCGCGGACGUGCCGGCGCACAUCAGCAUCGCCUGCGUCAGCUCCAUCUCCGAGAUGGAGGCGUUCGUCGAGCGCCGCAACAUCGCGCUGGACCCGCAGACCGUCACGAUCGCGACGAGCGUGUCGGACGCGCGCUUCAACCAGGUGACGAUGGUCUGGUACUACCGCUCGCUGGUGCCCGUGACGUUCCGCAUCGGCGCCGAGCACCUGCAGAUCACCGCGCUCAAGCAGCAGGAGAUCGGCCUGGGCAACCGCACGGCCUUCACCAACGACGUCUUCCACCUGGCCGACAUCGACGACGUGCGCGCCGUGUCGAUCCGGGGCGACGACAACACGUUCUUCGUGACGUGCCGCGGCGGCAGCAUCUCCUUCCUGUUCAACUCGCGCGACCGCGCCGACAUCGUCCAGGGCCUGCGGCAGGCCAAGGCGCGCGUCUCGCGCUUCCGGCCCACAAAUGCCAUCGACCGCACGCUGCUGCCGUCCGACGUGCCCGGCACGCUGCUCAACAUGGCGCUGCUCAACUCAACGUCGAGCACGCACAGCCUGCGUGCCAGUGCCUACAACUUGCUCUGCGCGCUGUCUCGCUCGUUCAACUUUGGCGCGUCGAACGCCGGCAAGCGGCUGCUGAGCACAAAGGGCCUGGCCGUGCCCGCGAACACCAUGGCGUUCAUCUCCGAGCUCAGCCGCGAAUUUGCCGUGGCGGCGCCGGGCGUGACGCUCGAGUUCCUGCUCUCCUUCUUCGAGGGCUUCGAGCGCGCGACGAUGAGCCAGAAGACGAUGUGCCUGCAGUACAUGGCGCCAUGGCUGUCGAACCUGGUCAUGUUCACGCACACGUCGCGCGAGCAGCAGGUCGAGUACCAGAAGCGCAUCAAGGAGAUCAUUGCGCACCUCAUCGCCAUCACCGUCAAGCAGCCCGAGAUGUACGCGGCGAUGCAGCGCGGCGUCUGGUCGCAGAUCAGCCGCCUCGACGACCUGAUCCCGACGUUCGUCGAGGUGUUCUGCGAGGCCGCCAUGGACUCGGGCCUGCACACGCCGCGCUUCGAGAUGGUGCUCGACACGAUGGUCUCGUUCUCGUCGAUCAACCUGCGCGGCAAGCUGCUCGCGCGUCUCCGCCGCGUCAUUGCCAAGACGGCGCAGACGCCGGCCGUCGGCCAGCUGCACGAGAACGCGGCAUGGAAGGAGAUUGCCACGCUCGUGCGCAUGAACAUGGUCCUCUCGUUUACGAGCCGUCUCGAGGGCCUCAUCUUCCUCCCGGAGCUGCUGCACAUCAUCCUCCUCCUCGCCGGCAACGGCGCCGAUGCCACGCGUCACUCGAUCCACGGCACGGCUGUGAACCUCAUCCAUUCGCUCUGCACCGACCAGUCGCGCGACAGCAAGCCGGCGACGUCCACCUCCUUGGCCGCGCCUGGCCGUGUCUCGCCGCCGGCCUCUGGCGCGCCCGACGGCCUGGAGCGCCUGCGCGUCCUGCUUGCCCGCUUUUCGGAGGAUGAGUUCCUGCUGCUCUUCGGGCUCCCUGCAGGUGUCGCCAAUCCCUUCGAUGCCUCGCCCGACAUCGUCCGGGACACGCCAAACAACGCCGCCAUCGAGAAGCUCGCGACAAUUCUGUACGACCUGCCCGAGCUCGCCGCGCCGUCGACCGACGCGGCGAACAGCUGGCGCGCGCGCCUGACGAGCCUCGUCACGAGCACGGCCUUCCAGUACAACCCGAUCAUCCAGUCGCGCGCCUUCCUGCUGCUCGGCUGUCUGGCAGACCUGACGCGCACGAUGAUGAGCGGCGCGGCGGAGCUCAGGGAGCAGGACGAGGCGCCGAGCGACAACGACGUGCAGCCGGCAUUCGAGGUGGACGAUGACCUGCUGUACCAGAUCCUCGUCUCGCUGCGCGGCAGCAUCACCGAGUGGGCCAAUGCCGGCAACGACGCGCCGAUCAUCAGCAUCGUGACGUGCCUGUCCAAGGUCGUCAAGAUCCUGCCCGACCGCUCGCGCUACCUGCCGCAGCUCUUCUGGCUCGGCAUCUCGAUGGUGCAGUACGGCCACGUGCCGCUCUUCCGCGCCGGUGCCGAGCUGCUGCUGGCGACGGUGACGAGCAUCACGGACCGCAAGCUGCCCGCCGAGGCGCAGACCGACCUGGUCACGUUCCUGCUCGACGGCCGGCUCGAAUUCCGCGAGGCUGCGUGCCGCCUCGACGACGAGGCCGGCGUCGACUUCGACACGAACUUUUCGUUUGCAAUGGCUGCGCUACUGGCCAAGGGCCUGCGGCAUCCCUCGACGAAGGAGACGACUGCCGAGCUCCUGCAGUCGAUGCUGCGCUUCAGCGCCAUGGACGCACACGGCAAGGCUCUCUCGUCGGACGGCCGCAUCGCCACGACGCAGCUUGGCUUCUUCGUGGCCCUGCUGCCGACGGCGACCAGCCCAGAGGGCUUCGGCCAGCUGCUGCGCCUCGCCGGCGUCGCCGAGGAGACGUGCGAGGCCGCCACGCAGGCCCGCCGCGACGGCGGCGACGGUGGCGGGCUGUUCAAGCACCUCGACGCGCUGGACAACAAGAUCGCACUGCUCGUCGUCACGCUCAUUGCGGCGCUGCUGCAGCACGCCGAAAGCGACGCCGAGCGCCUGCUGCUGUACGGCUUCCUCGCCGACUCUGCGAAGGACGUUCCAGCGAUCGUCUCGAUUCUGUACGACUCGCUGGCACCCGGCAUGCGCGAGGUGCUCGUCAACUCGCAGGUCGGGCCGAUUCUUGAUGCGGUGCACAUCGUGGCGCAGAUUGCUGUCUCGGAGCCGGUCUUCGCGGCACAAGCACUCGAGACGCAGCGACGCGGUGGACCGCUGGCGUAUCUCAACGAGUCCGGCUAUGCAUGCCUGCUCGACUGUGGCGACUUUACCACGCUCAAGGACCUGCGGCGGCUCAGUCUUGCCAAGCUCUCGACGGCGCUGCUGGCCGGCCUCAUCGAUGCAGGCACG